AAAAAAAACAGAAUCUCAGACUUGAGAGAGAGAGAGAGAGAGAUCAGACUAGCAAGGAGAGGACGAAGAAGAGACCUAAAUUCUCGAUCAGAUCAAACCACAAAGACUACAAACCUAGCAAUGGCGAGGUACGACCGAGCUAUCACGGUGUUCUCACCGGACGGCCAUCUCUUCCAGGUCGAGUACGCCCUCGAGGCCGUCCGCAAGGGCAACGCCGCCGUCGGCGUCCGCGGCACGGACACCAUCGUCCUCGGCGUCGAGAAGAAGUCCGCCGCUAAGCUCCAAGACUCCAGAACGGUGAGGAAGAUUGUGAACCUGGAUGAUCACAUUGCAUUGGCCUGUGCUGGGCUCAAAGCCGAUGCUCGUGUCUUGAUAAACAGAGCGAGAAUUGAAUGUCAAAGCCACAGACUUACAGUCGAGGAUCCGGUGACUGUGGAGUACAUAACACGCUACAUUGCUGGGCUUCAACAGAAGUACACACAAAGUGGUGGUGUUAGACCAUUUGGCCUUUCAACGUUGAUCAUUGGCUUUGACCCUUAUACUGGUUCACCAGCUCUGUAUCAGACAGAUCCUUCUGGGACAUUUUCAGCCUGGAAAGCUAAUGCAACUGGGAGAAACUCUAACUCGAUACGCGAGUUUCUUGAGAAAAACUACAAAGAGUCUUCUGGGCAAGAAACAGUAAAGCUUGCGAUUCGUGCUUUGCUCGAGGUUGUUGAAAGUGGCGGAAAGAACAUAGAAGUUGCUGUCAUGACAAGGGAACAAGGUCUUCGACAACUUGAGGAAGCUGAAAUCGAUGCCAUUGUUGCCGAGAUAGAAGCUGAGAAAGCUGCUGCUGAGGCUGCAAAGAAGGCCCCUCCCAAGGAAACAUGAUUUCCUUUUGUUUCCUUGAAAUUUUUACUUUGCUAGUUUCUUUUCUGUACUUGUUUAUGUUCUCCUCGCUCUCUAAUCUUUUGGAAUCUUAAAUCUGCUUUCUCAGUGGCUUUAGAGUGACUUUCAUAAUCAGCAUUUUAUACUUGAAGCGCAAUUGAAAUCAAAA